CUGAAGAUGCAGAUUUAGCAUCCAGCACAGAUACACUCGCUCUUUCUCUGAGAUACACACAGCUCCCCACAUUAGCACCUCUGCGAGCUAGACGGGCUGCCUGACUACACGGCUUCCCUGCCAGCCAAAUGCUAGAGAACACACACUGAUUUGCUGCUUUCCAACCCAUAACCAGUGUCUUUCUCUACACAAAGAUUUUUUAAACAAGCAAUUUAAAAACUAUAUAUAUAUAUAUUUUGCACCUUUCCUGCGGGACCACUGCUCCGCCAGCCUGCGCGCGUCCUAACACCACUUUUCACUCUCAAAGAAAGAUGAAAGGUGGCUGUGUCUCCCAGUGGAAGGCGGCCGCCGGGCUCCUCUUCUGUGUCAUGGUUUUUGCAUCUGCCGAGAGAAGGGUCUUCACGAAUCAUUUUCUUGUGGAGUUGCAUAAAGGGGGAGAGGAAGAAGCUCGCCAAGUUGCAGCAGAGCACGGCUUUGGAGUCCGAAAGCUCCCCUUCGCAGAAGGCCUCUACCAUUUUUAUCACAAUGGGUUGGCAAAGGUCAAGAGAAGACGCAGCCUACCCCACAAGCAGCAGCUGGAGAGAGACCCCAGGGUGAAGAUGGCCUUGCAACAGGAAGGAUUCUACCGGAAAAAGCGAGGAUAUAGGGACAUCAAUGAGAUCGACAUCAACAUGAAUGACCCUCUGUUUACGAAGCAAUGGUAUCUGAUCAAUACUGGGCAAGCUGAUGGUACUCCUGGCCUUGACUUGAAUGUGGCAGAAGCCUGGGAGCUGGGCUACACAGGGAAAGGUGUCACCAUUGGAAUUAUGGACGAUGGGAUUGACUAUCUCCACCCAGACCUGGCCUCCAACUAUAACGCAGAAGCAAGCUACGAUUUCAGCAGCAACGACCCCUACCCUUACCCUCGCUACACAGAUGACUGGUUUAACAGCCACGGGACCCGAUGCGCCGGGGAAGUGUCUGCUGCCGCCAACAACAACAUCUGUGGGGUUGGAGUGGCUUACAGCUCCAAGGUGGCAGGUAAGCUGUCCCUGCCAAAGGGCCAGAGAAGGCAUCACACUUGGGUCCCCAGCCUGGCCGGAGCCGGGCAAAAAUUCCCAGCAGAGCAGAGCCAGCCUGGUCCUGUGGCUCAGCAGCUGCAGAAGCCCAGGUCCCGACUCCCAGGCCUGGACCCUGCAGCCCGUGGCGCCUCUCCUUUCCCCCCUCCCCACCCGCAGGGCCGAGGGGGCAAAGGCAGCAUCUACGUGUGGGCCUCCGGGGACGGCGGCAGCUACGACGACUGCAACUGCGACGGCUACGCCUCCAGCAUGUGGACCAUCUCCAUCAACUCGGCCAUCAACGACGGCCGGACCGCCCUGUACGACGAGAGCUGCUCCUCCACCUUGGCCUCCACCUUCAGCAACGGGAGGAAGAAGGACCCCGAGGCCGGCGUGGCAACCACAGAUCUGUAUGGCAACUGCACUCUGAGGCAUUCCGGGACAUCCGCAGCUGCUCCUGAGGCAGCGGGAGUGUUCGCGCUGGCUUUAGAGGCUAACCUGGAUCUGACCUGGAGAGACAUGCAGCAUCUGACUGUGCUCACCUCCAAACGGAACCAGCUUCACGACGAGGUGCAUCAGUGGCGGAGAAACGGCGUCGGCCUGGAGUUUAACCACCUCUUUGGCUACGGGGUCCUUGACGCAGGCGCCAUGGUGAAAAUGGCUAAAGACUGGAAAACCGUGCCUGAGAGAUUCCACUGCGUGGGAGGCUCCGUGCAGGACCCUGAGAAAAUACCAUCCACUGGCAAAUUGGUGCUGACGCUCACAACCGACGCAUGCGAAGGGAAGGAAAACUUCGUCCGCUACCUGGAGCACGUCCAAGCUGUCAUCACGGUCAAUGCGACCAGGAGAGGAGACCUGAACAUCAACAUGACGUCGCCCAUGGGCACCAAGUCCAUCCUGCUGAGCCGGCGCCCGAGGGACGACGACUCCAAGGUGGGCUUCGACAAGUGGCCCUUCAUGACCACCCACACCUGGGGGGAGGACGCCCGAGGAACCUGGACCCUGGAGCUGGGCUUUGUGGGGAGCACGCCCCAGAAGGGGGUGCUGAAGGAGUGGACACUGAUGCUACACGGCACGCAGAGCGCGCCUUACAUCGACCAGGUGGUGAGGGAUUACCAGUCCAAGCUGGCCAUGUCCAAGAAGGAGGAGCUGGAGGAGGAGCUGGACGAAGCCGUGGAGAGAAGCCUGAAGAGCAUCCUGGGUAAGAACUAGCGCCACCGCCUGGCCACCACCGCCGCCGCCGCGCCUCCUGCCCGCGUCUCCGCCUCUCGGUCCUCGCUCCACACCCUGCCAGGCGCCCCGCGAUGACUGUCCCCCCAACACAAGCGAUUCCAACUUCUUGAUCUGAAGCUUUGCUCACUGUCAAUGAUUUUCAUUACGAUGGAAGCAAUCUUUUCUAUUCUGUGCCCCAAAUACAGUGUUCCUACCAACACCUAUUUCCUAUUUGUGACUCGAAGUUGUUUAUUUGUGUCAUUCAGGUAGGUGACAUCCUGCAAACAGCCCUGGGACAGCUUUCCCCUCCAUUUUCUUUCAUAGAAGAGAAGAGAAUGCAUCUCAAAUUGCACACACGGUGACUCCGAGGACAUUUAUUCAUGGUCUCAACUGAGGACCCGUUACUUACAGAGAGAAUCCAAAAUUAUGACAGAGGGUGAGCUCUGGGUCUCUGAUGUAAAGCACAGAGGCUGUACAUCCUUUGGGUAAAGACGUUUUGACUUAGCAAGAUUUUUCAGUGAUGUAGAUGAAGGUGGCGUGAGUCAAAAGAUGCCAUCUCUGAGAGCCCUAAUUACCAGACGGGGAAGAGAGAGUCAGAAAGCAGGGGCGUUGGAAGCCUUACCACCAAUGCCGACAUCACAGCUCAUCCUACUCACCAGCGUGACAAAUGUAAAGUCUAAGUAGCUUGGCUGUCCUUUGUCCAGCUGCUGCUCUGAGUUACGGUAAAAACUGCCAGAGGUGCCCAGUGUACUCUCAGUACGUGUAGAUUUCAUCCUAGCCCCAAUUUUCUGGGGUUCCUCCCAGAGCUCCCCAAAAGGGAAAAAAGGCAAGGCUGGACUGGCAACCUGGCUGGGAAAGUGUAGCUUGGUCGUUUUUAACACAAGAAUGUUCCUCUUCCUAAGUCACUCUGGGGCUUCUUAAUGUGAUGGAAGCGACAGGCAUGGUGAGUAUUUUUGACAGCUUCCCACACACCUGCUGGGGCUUUGAUCUCCAAAAUACGUGACUGGUGGGAAAUGCCAUACUUCCUCAUGCUGUGGUUUCUGAUGAGUCCGAGAAGUGGCCAAUGUUCCAGAAGAGGUGUGUGGAGGGCGAGGGGGUGUGUUUGAAGAGAGCUGGGGCCGUCUCCACCUGGGCCCCUGUUUGUACAGAGCCUCUUCUGCUGAAGGGGGGACAAGCCAGCUCAGCCCCCAGUGACUUGAGGCUUGAAGGAAGCAAGAAGAGACCUCUGUAGGGGGAGCACUGAGUCACCAUCUCGGCAGCUGAGCUGUCCAGGAGGGGGUUUACCACGCAACCCACAGGUGACACUUUCCCUCGCCCCCACCGUCAACUC